AGCUGGCUGCUGAGUGCCUCAAAUGGUCGGGGGGCUCAGCUGAUGUCUUCCAGCGGAGUUGUUUUGAACUGCAGAGGAGGCGAGCAGUGCGGGGGGCACAGGGGGACAUGACACCAUGACAGACGCUCAUAUCCCCUGGACGGUGGUGCUGGGGCUCACCGCGACCGUCACGGGGCUGUGCUUGCUGCUCUUCCUCUACGUCUAUGGGCAUCUCUGGCUGCUACUGCGCUACAGGCAGAAGAGGUUCAGUUAUCAGAGCGCCGUGCUCUUCCUGUGCCUGCUCUGGGCUGGCUGCAGGACCGUCCUCUUCUCCUUCUACCUGACCAACUGUGCCCAGGACAAUGAAGUCUACCCAUUCCCGCACUGGCUGCUCUACUACGCCCCCAUCUGCCUGCAGUUCUUCACCCUCUGUCUGCUCCACCUUUACUUCUCCCAGGUUCUCCUUAAAGCUUGCUGCACUCCAGAGUUCAACAGAUAUAAGAUGCCGUUGCAAUUUUCAUUUUUUAUGCUCAGCCUCGCCUUCCUGAUAGUGAACUUGUUAUGCAUCUUCAUCGGCAAUGGUACAGACGACCAGCGUAGAUGGAUCCCCGUGACUCGGGUCACAUUCAGCAACGGUCUCUUUGCAGCUUGUUCCAUCUCGCUGGCCAGCAACACCUACAAGAUUGCUAAUAUGACCCCUGCUCAUGUCUACCUAGAGUCUAAGGGCACCUCAGGAAACCAAGCGGUCAUGACUGGCUCAUUGAUCAGCACACUGUAUAUAUUGAGGGCCAUGUACAACCUGGUGGUGUUUUUCAGCCAAUCUGACAGCAAGCCGACCCCCUUCAGUUAUGGCUGGAAUGGCGUAUCUGAUCAUGCUUUUACAGAAAAAAACGAUAUGGAAUAUAUGAUCUUUACAUUGAUUCUCCUUUUCUGCGAGUUCCUGCCAAUGUGUCUCAUGACUUAUUUCUUCCGUGCUAAAAAAACAAGUCCGAACUUGGAAGCAGCCGGAAUGGUAAAUAGUCACAGCUUUGGGUCCAGAGCAUACUUUUUUGACAAUCCUAGAAGAUAUGACAGUGAUGAAGACUUGCCCAGACUGGCAGGUGCCAGAGGAGAGCGAGGAAGCUUGCCGUCUACCCCAAGAACCUCUGGAUGGUACGGAACCAUAUGUCCAACCAGUGGCUGUGCCCUGGCCCCACCUCUACUGAGCGAGCCAUUAUCGGGGACUCCUGUUCUCUUCACAUUUGGAGCGAACGCAUUAGCGUGACCCUACUGACUGAACAAUGCACCCGCACCUUUUGCAGCUGUUCCUUGGUGUGACACAGUAAGCUGUGUCCAAUAGCUUUUGUUUACGUUUUGAGGUAACGCUGCAUUUGCAUACAUUCCUAUAAUUUUUUUUUUUUUCCCCCCAACACUGCAGAGGUUGAUUGGAUGCCAAUGUCCUUUUAAGACUUGCCAAGAUACUAAAGAGGUUUCAGGAUUGGCAUGGCAACUGGCAGCAAACCUAAGGAAAUUGUGUAUUGGUGCAUCCUUUUUUUGCACAACGCGUUUCAUGUGUAAAGACAAAUUUUCUAUCAAAUCCUGACUCUUGAAGAAAAGUUUGCAUUAAACCGCCCUUGAAGAUGAAA